GCCUCUAUCUUCCAACUCCGUAAACCACACAUCCAGUGCAAGGAUAUGGCGGGCGGGAAUCCGGAUUCUCCAUUGGACGCAGAACUCAUGGUCAGUAACCUUCCACAGAUGUCGCCAACCCAUGUCAACAUAAGCAAACGUUACAUUCUUCAGCAAGCCACAAACACUCUUAACCUACAAAUCACUGACCAUGACAUACUUGACAUGGGGGAACAUGGCCUAAUUGCCUCUCUUUCAAUCAAUUUACCACCUCAUAGAGGCUGGGCAACCACAGAACACAAAAAAAUUUAUGGGGAUUUCAAAAGUACAUCCCUCGAAGCUGCUGAAUCAGCUAAUGUGGCUGCCAUAAGCUAUCUACAAGGAAACAACAUAGCAGUGUUUGAUGAUGCAAACCUACAGCCCCUGAAGAAAUGCAGAAGAGAACUUCUACAAGCAACAUCCUGGUCAUGGGGUUUUGAGCAAUCUACUAUGCAUCUUAAAAAACAAGUUGAAGCCAUGGAAAGAGAUAGGGUGCAACCAUUAACAUUACUGCUUUCAUCCAAUGAUGACGAUCCAAAUACACCACUUCUUCAGGAACCCGAUGAAGAAUUGGUUCCAACACCUGAAGCAGAACCACAGUUUAAUGGCAGCGCAAUGAACACACCGCCAGCUGAAGUGAUCUCUAACCUCUUUCUCGUCACCAGCAAGCUGGAACCAGAAAGCGAAGACAACGGAACUACUAGGGUGUCUGGAAAAAGAAGUGCAAAGAGAGCGUUGUUCAACCAUGCCAAUCAGCUAUAAACCUAAGCAACAACAUCGACCAGGAUACUUUUCAAAGCUAGCUGAAAGGCAUCACCAAGACUUAUUAUCCUUCGUGCGCAGUAUUUCCAUGCGGCCAAAACUUUAGUCCUAUCUUAUGAAAUCCCAUGUACUGACUAUACUAUAUCUAUGUGCGCACGCUUAAUUAC